GUUGAACUUAUUUACUUUCAUAACUCUCAAAACUCACAAAGCUCAUAACUCCUUGUACAAACCAGCCCCGACUUCAAAGGUCUGUUCGCGGAACUAUAUACAACCAGAUCACCAAAUCCAGAACCCAGAUCAAGCUUCCUUUCAUUUCAUGCCAGCAGUCAUGGCCCCCAAAUACAGAAAUCACCUCCCCCACCUCGAUCCAAACCGCAAACCCUUCCUCGCCGAGGGUGGUCUUGAAACUGACCUCAUUUUCCGCAAGGGCGUCACCCUCCCCCACUUCGCCGCCUUCACCCUGCUCGACACCCCGGAAGGCACCCAGACCUUACGCGACUGCUACACCCCCUACAUCCACCUCGCCCGCCGCCAUCGCACCGGCCUCAUCCUGCAGACCCCCACAUGGCGCCUCUCUGAGCCCUGGGCAAGACGCCUUAACUACAACGAACCCGCGGAGAAAGUCAUCUAUGCCAGUCGUGAGUCCGUUGAGCUCCUAGAGUCUCUCCGCGAUGAGUUCGAAACAGAAGAGACACCCAUCGUCAUCAGUGGUUCUCUCGGGUCCCUCGCAGACGCAUACAAAUCGACCCAUGAUACCUCAUCCCUCAAUGGCCCCGCCACAGCUCGGUCUCAGAUCUCCGCCCUCGCCGCAGCAGGCGUAGACAUGCUCGCACUGAUGACGACAUCCUCCCCUACCGAAGCAAUCGCCAUCAUCGAGCUCGCCCGCGACGCCGGCCUCCCCAUCACCGUCUCCUUCUCCCUCGAGGCCGACGGCACGCUCCUCGGCAACCGCGAAUUCGGCAUCGCCCUCUCACACGUCGACGGCGCGACAGAUAAGUACGCCUCUUACUUCGGCAUCAACUGCGCGCAUCCAAGUCACUUCCUGCCCGUACUCCGCACGAUGCACCCCGAUCAGCGCAAGCGCAUUGGACUGAUCCGCGCGAACGCGAGCGAGAAGAGCCACAAGGAGUUGGAUAACAGCGCGGUGCUUGAGAGGGGGGAUGUGGAGGCCUUGGCGGAGAGUUACAAGGAGAUCUGUGAGCUCUUGCCCAGAGUGAUGGUGGUCGGUGGAUGCUGUGGAACGGAUGAGGAGCAUGUUGCUGCUAUUGCGGAGAAGGUGCUGGGGAAGAUUGAGGAAGAUUAAGAUAUGCGUUUUGUCAUCCGCCGUUUUAUUGUCUGGUAACAAGCUGUUGCUAGUUGAAGAAGCGUAACUACGGGCCUGGAUAUGGCUAGGUCUUGAUACCGCCUCUCGAGAUUUGACGAUUUGGGUGAGAAUCAAGCACAAAUGGGACCCAGCGCCACCAGAAUAGCUAUUCCAUCCACCAGUUCGGAAACAGCUGCCAACCUGCGGUCGUGUCGUUCGUCUCAUUCCAGACCAUAUCGGCUGCGUAGUCGUCGUAUCGCCCCAUUCGGCGUACAGAUCAGCACCUCUGUCUACGUUAUAUAUUGCUGGGAAAAAUUCUUGCGACGCUUCUUCACGCUCUGCGCUGUGUACACCCCGAGAUGAGAUAAUCAUGCCCCAUCUAUUGUCGCGGAUGUCUUUACACUUCUAACGAUAUGUCCCAUAUCUUCCCCCCUUUUUUAACAUCCAAGAUACCAUCAGGAUUGCAAGGUGCGGAAUUUACAGCGGCUUGAGCUCGUUCUACCAUGGCCAUGGAUCUGGGUACAGUUUUUCUCGAUUAUUGCGACUUCCUUCGUCGACAAAAAACCAUUUCUAGGUUCCCACGAGCGACAAGAAGGCAACGUAUACCAUCCAUCUGCAACAAUUCUGCGCGUUUUGUCUCUCGAGGUUAUUCCGUCCGUCCCACCUAAGGUUUGUGGUAUGGAGAGGUACGUAGGUAAUAGUUCAGCAUCAAUGGUAUGGUAUCACAAAAUCGAACUUCACAUGGCAUUACGGUGAGACAAGUAAAUAGUCAUGUUCAAAUCAUGAUAUUUCUGUGGUUCAAGAGAGUGUCAUCGCCGCCGCAUAAGGAGUGCGAUAUAAGGUAUACUAUGAAUAGAGCGUGUUGAAACACCUUAAUGGAGUGUUUUCCCUGGCUGUUGAAAGCAGGCGACCAGUAGAAUUAAAAAUCCAGCCAGC